AUGCGGGAAUCAAUAGGUGGCCAAUUGGGUCGCAUGAUGGUGGAAGCUGCUUCUCGCUUGAAUCUCUCGGUGACCAUUCUUGACAGCCCUGUCAAUUCCCCUGCCAAGCAAAUCGAGGCGACGCAAGAGCACAUUCAUGGAGCAUUCAAGGAUCCCGUCAAGAUUCGUGAGCUUGCCAGCAAGGUGGACGUGUUGACAGUUGAAAUUGAGCACGUGGACGCUCAAGUCCUUGCCGAGAUUGAAAAGGAAGGCAAAGUCAAGGUGCAUCCUUCUGCAAAGACGGUUCAAACGAUCCAAGACAAGUAUGCUCAAAAGCAACAUUUGCAAGCACAUGGUAUUCCUGUGGCCGAGUAUAUGGAGACCCCUGAUGCCGAUGCUGUUGCUGCUGCUGGCAAGCAAUUUGGAUAUCCCUUCAUGUUGAAAUCAAAGACCAUGGCUUAUGAUGGCAAGGGCAACUACGUGGUGCGCUCUGCUGAUGACAUUCCUGCCGCUAUGGAGGCCUUGAAGAACUUGCCCUUGUAUGCAGAAAAGUGGGCUCCUUUUGUCAAGGAAUUGGCUGUGAUGGUGGUGCGUCGUGCUAAUGGCGAAGUGCGUACUUAUCCUGUUGUCGAGACCAUUCACAAGAACAGCAUUUGUCAUUUGGUCAUUGCUCCUGCUCAAGCUGAUGGUGCUGCCCUUGCCAAGGCUCAAGCCAUUGCCGCUGAUGCUAUCAAGUCCUUCCCUGGUGCAGGCAUUUUCGGUGUCGAGAUGUUUUUGAUGGAGAAUGGUUCUAUUUUACUCAACGAGAUUGCACCACGUCCUCACAACUCGGGCCAUUACACGAUUGAAGCAUGUGAGACAUCCCAAUUUGAAAAUCAUAUGCGUGCUAUCCUUGAUAUGCCUCUUGGUUCUACUGAAAUGAAGGUGCCAGCAUCCAUCAUGGUCAAUUUGCUUGGUGAAUCUACCAGUAUGGAAGAAUGCUAUCGUCCUUGCCAGGAAGCUUUGUUGGUGGAUGGUGCUACGAUUCAUUUGUAUGGCAAAAAGGAAUGCCGUGCAGGUCGUAAGAUGGGUCACAUUACUGUUGUUGGUGAAUCCAUGAUGCAAGUCCAAGAUCGUCUCAAGCCUAUUCUUAAAGCCAUUGAGCCUGAUGUGGAGCGCAACUUGUCCCUUCGUCCUUUGGUGGGUAUCAUCAUGGGUUCCGAUUCAGAUUUGCCUGUCAUGAAAGUGGGCGCCAAGAUUCUCAAGGACUUUGAUAUCCCCUUUGAGCUUACUAUUGUUUCAGCACAUCGCACUCCUGAUCGCAUGUUUGAAUACGCCCGCUCUGCAGCUGAACGUGGUCUCAAAGCUAUCAUUGCAGGUGCUGGUGGUGCCGCUCACUUGCCUGGUAUGGUUGCUGCCAUGACGCCUCUUCCAGUUAUUGGUGUUCCUGUCAAGGGAAGCUCGCUUGAUGGUGUUGAUUCGUUGCACAGCAUUGUGCAAAUGCCACGUGGUGUACCUGUUGCAACAGUGGCAAUCAACAACAGCACCAAUGCCGCCCUCCUUGCUAUUCGUAUGCUUGGUGCUUUCAUUCCUGGUGUUCUCCAAAAGAUGGAUGCCUAUAUGAAGAAAAUGGAAGGCGAAGUUCUAGGCAAGGUUGAUCGUCUCAAUGCUGUGGGCUGGGAAGAAUACUAA